GAGAGUCAGGAUGAAGAAGGAAACCACCAUGAAGAAUCGACAUCAACUACAGAUGAAGAGACACACCCACAGAACAGAGAUCAGAGGAAAAAAAGAGACAGAAGUCAUAUCCAAAGUGUGGAAAGCUCUCACAUUUCAGAAAGUCGGUGUGACUCCGAUGUUAGGAAAAAAUCCCAGAAGAAAACUUCAGCAGAGAAGCACAAACAAUCUCCAAAAGAAAAGAGACUUUCCUCUUUUAAGGCUGGUAAAAGAAAAAUAAUUGCACACAAUGUGUCUCCCCACAUGAGAGCUGAGUCUGAUGGAAGACGUCAUGUCUGCAAAGAUUGUGGUAAAAGUUUUGGUAACUUGUCUCAUUUCACAAUUCAUAUGAGAACUCACACAAGAGAGAAGCCUUUUUGUUGUCAAGAAUGUGAUAAAAGUUUUAGUCUGAAGUGUAAUCUCAAAACACACAUGAUAAUUCAUACAGGAGUGAAGCCUUUUGUUUGUCAAGAAUGUGAUAAAAGUUUUUAUCAAUUAUCUAACCUCAAAAAACACAUGGUAACUCAUACAGGAGAGAAGCCUUUUGUUUGUCAAGAAUGUGAUAAAAGUUUUAGUCUGAUGUCUAAUCUCAAAAAACACAUGAGAACUCAUACAGGAGAAAAGCCCUUUUGUUGUCAAGAAUGUGAUAAAAGCUUUUGUGACCGAUAUGAUUUCAGAAGACACAUGAGAACUCAUACAGGAGAGAAGCCUUUUACUUGUAAAGAAUGUGAUAAAAGUUUUUGUCAUGCAGCUCAACUCAAAACACACAUGAGAACUCACACAGGAGAGAAGCCCUUUAAUUGUCAAGAAUGUGAUAAAACUUUUAAUCAAUUAUCUAACCUCAAAUCACACAUGUUAACUCAUACAGGAGAGAAGCCUUUUGUAUGUCAAGAAUGUGAUAAAAGUUUUAGUCGAAUUUCUCAUCUUAAUUCACACAUGACAACUCAUACAGGAGAGAAGCCCUUUGGUUGUCAAGAAUGUGACAAAAGUUUUUGUGACCUAUCUCGUUACAGAAGACACGUGAGAAUCCAUAGCGCAGAGAAGCCUUUUUCUUGUAAAGAAUGUGAUAAAAGUUUUUAUCAAUUAUCUAACCUCAAAAGACACGUGAGAAAUAAAACAAAAGAGAAGCCUUCUCUUGAAAAGAAAUGUCAGAGUUUAGUCAAAAUUUGAUGCAGUUAUUAAAUUAGAAAGAGGCAGAAGUUAGUAUUUAAUGCAUGAAAUUAAAGUUUUUGGAAGUCUGGAAUUUGUAGUGAGAACAUCUUUAUUUUCAAUUAUUGUCCCUGAUGACUUCAUACCAGGGAUUAUGCAGCAUUUGGGUUCUUUUGGCCAGGCAGUCAAACCCAGCCUUAGAAACUUGGGAGUUAUUUUUGACAAAGACAUGUCACUGGAACAGCACUCCAAACAGCAGGUGAAAAACUGUUUCUUCCAGCUGAGAAACAUUUCUAAACUCAGGAAAAUGGUGUCAUGUAAGGAUCUAGAAGUUCUUAUACAUGCUUUUGUGUCUUUGUGUUGACAAAGACAUGUCACUGGAACAGCACUCCAAACAGCGGGUGAAAAACUGUUUCUUCCAGCUGAGAAACAUUUCUAAACUCAGGAAAAUGGUGUCACGUAAGGAUCUAGAAGUUCUUAUACAUGCUUUUGUGUCUACGCGGCUAGACUACUGCAACAGUCUGUUUUCCUGUUUGAGUAAGAAAGAGCUGUCUCGUCUGCAGUUAAUUCAAAACUCUGCUGCCAGGAUCUUGACCCGCACUAAGAGAAGAGCUCACAUCUCUCCCAUCCUCAAAGAUCUUCACUGGCUCCCGGUUGCAUACCGGAUCCAAUUCAAAAUUUUAGUGCUGACUUUUAGAGCCCUCCAUGGCCAAGCUCCGGUAUAUGUCUGUGAUUUGAUCACUCCCUACAGACCGUCUCGUGCGCUCAGGUCUGUAGAUCAGAACCUGUUGAUGGUCCCUCGCACACGCUUUUGGACCAGAAGAGACAGAUCUUUCCAGGCUGUUGCUCCUAGACUCUGGAAUGAGCUCCCUUUCUCCCUCCGUUCCCUGGACUCUGUUCACUCCUUUAAAAGCCAACUUAAAACCUUUUAUUUUGCUCAGCAUUUUAACUGAGUCUGUUUUUAAUUUGGCUUGAAAUGAUUGUUUUAUGUGGUACUUGCUGUCUGUCUUUUAUGUUUCUUAGCUUGU